UUUUUUACCUCUUUUUUUGUCUUUUAUUUAAUUUCAUUUUUUUCUUGCAAUUUUAGUCAGCAUUGGUCUCUUCUCUAUAUAAAACUACUAUAUAUAGACAUGGGAGCCCCCAUCCCUUAGACCAUUGUCUCAGAUCAAGUCUUCUUCUUCUUCUCAAACCAACAUUUUUUUUUCUUCCUUCUCUCUUCCAAAGAAGAAGAUCAUUUUCCAGAAGAAGAAAACUCAUCAUCAAUCAAGCAAUUUGUACCAUAUUUUUUCCAGCUAUAUAUCAUCAAUCAAGAAAGAAAGUUGUACCAGAAAGAAAAAAAAAAUUGUUGGGUUGGAGAAAAAAUAGCUCCAAUCAUCAUCAUCAAAAAAUCAUUAAAAUGGGAAGACCACCUUGCUGUGAUAAAAUUGGAGUGAAGAAAGGUCCUUGGACUCCAGAAGAAGAUAUCAUUCUGGUUUCUUACAUUCAAGAACAUGGUCCUGGUAAUUGGAGGGCUGUUCCUACUAAUACUGGUAAACACAUAUUUUUUUUCCCUUCAUUUUGUUUAAGUUUUUUUUGGUUGGUGAGUUUCAUAAAUGUUUAGCAUUCAAUGCAUUUUUUUAAAAAAAAUUUUAUUUCCACUCAGCUUUAUCACUUCCACUUCCACUUCCACCUCCUUCUUCCCUCUUCUUAUUGUUCUUCCGCAAUUCUACUCCCAUGGAAAUUCAGAGAGAUUUUUUAGUUUUUAUACACAAGAUUUGGAUAAAUAUGUUAACCCUUUAUUCCAUUUUUUUUGGAUGUUUUUUCUUUUGGGUUUAGGUUUACUGAGAUGCAGUAAGAGCUGUCGGCUGAGAUGGACAAAUUAUCUCCGACCAGGGAUCAAACGUGGUAACUUCAGUGAACAUGAAGAGAAGAUGAUUAUCCACCUUCAAGCCCUUCUUGGCAACAGAUGGGCAGCCAUAGCUUCAUAUUUACCCCAAAGAACAGACAAUGACAUCAAGAAUUAUUGGAACACUCAUUUGAAGAAGAAGUUGAAGAAGCUUCAAGGUGGGAAUGAACAUGAUCAUGAUCAUGAUCACAGCCAUGAUUCCUCUGCUUCUUCUUCACACCAUCAUCAUCAAGAAUCAAUCCCAAAAGGACAAUGGGAAAGGAGGCUUCAAACAGAUAUUCAUAUGGCCAAACAAGCCUUAUGUGAAGCCUUAUCCCUUGACAAAUCAUCAUCCAACAACAACAACAUUAUUGACAGCAAAAUUAUGACUACUUCUUCUUCUUCUUCUUUCACAACUCUCCAAGAUUCAAAGCCGCCUUCUUCUGCUGCUUCAGCUGCUUUGAGUGUCCUAAAUCAUCAUGGUAAUCAGAAUUUUGUGAAGCCUAUUGUUCAGAGUUCUGGAAACAACCACAGUUCUACAACUUAUGCAUCAAGUGCUGAGAACAUCGCAAAAUUGCUCCAAAAUUGGAUGAAAACUCCGACAAAAUCGGCUUCCGAAAACACCCAACAGAGCUCUGAGAACAACCCUUCAGUUGUGACUGUGGGUUCCGGCGGCAGCCCGAGUGAAGGGACGGUGGUUAGUACAGGCCCGAUGACGCCGGAGGCCGGCGGCGGUGGCGGCGGUUGUUUGGACUCAUUUCUCAGCUUCAACUCCACCACCACCACAACCGCCGUCGCAAGGCGGUCUGAUGUCACGGUGGCUCAUCCGUCUGCCGCGGCCGCGGCGGUGUCGGUUGAUGAGGUCGGGAAUUAUAGGCACAACAACAACAAUAAUUACAAUCAUGAUAAUGGGUUUUUCCAGAAUAACAAUAACAAGGUCACAAAUAUGGAGGUUGGUCAGAAUAAUCAGAUUCCACCUCUGAGUUUUCUGGAGAAAUGGCUGUUGGAAGAUGCUGCUGCUGCUGCUCAAGGACAGGAAGACCUAAUGAAUAUGUCACUUGGUGAAACUGCUGAUUUGUUCUGAAGAAUUCAGGAAAUUUGGGUUAAAAAAAGUGAAUUCUUCAUAACAACUUGGUAGUUUUUUUAAAAAACAAAUUUCGGGUUUUUUUUUUUUUCUUCACCAUUAGGGACUUCAUCAAAACUAAAAAAGUACCAAAACUGAUCUUUAUGGGCUAGUUCUUUCUUACAACUUACUGUUUUUUCUAGCACAAAAGAAGAAAAAAAGGAAGAAAUAUUUAAAGAUGAUGAUCAAGCUGAAAUCUAGCUUGGGAAGAUGAUGAUCAAGAAGUGUAAAUUAAGUACCAUAUAUAUAUAUGUGUAGUGGAUAUUUGCAUAUGUAUGAAUUUUAGGAAUUAUGAAAUCCUCAACUCCCCCCUUUUACUAUCUUUUAGUCUUUCUUUUUCUUUUACCUUAGGAGAAAGAGAAGUGUUUUAGUGUACUUUUUUUGUAUCUUUGUCCAUACUUUGGUGGAUAUAAUUUCAGAAAUGAAAGUUUAGUUUCAUC